AUGGACUUAUUGAAAAAGCUCAGGGAUGCCCAGCGAACUAUAUGCGCUCUACAUGUGGGUCGAGUGGGUUUGAUGCCAUACAAGAAUGUCGUACGAACAGCGAACCGUGGGAGCCUAAAACACGCGCAGCGUUCCGGGACACCUGAAAUCGGCCAGCAUCCGAGCGCCCCAGAGCACGCUCGAUUGCAAGGAGAUGGUCGUAUGCCGAAGCAGCUGCUACUGCAACCAAGAAAGUAG